AUGGGCCACCAGAAACUAGUAGGCAUAUCUGGGCGGGUCUCUUAUGCUCAGGGCGGUGCCGAUCCGGACAAGAGUGUGAUCAUACAGAGGGUUCAGGGUGGCAAGAGGGUUAAGGUUGGAAUCUACAAGACUCAUCUAGACCCUCAACGUAUUGAGUGGGAACCUGGUGCACUUCAGUGGAAAGAUGGCAACGUACCACGUGACUCGACGUUCGUCACUCACGUUGAAGUCGUACUUCCGGCAGAAGUGUACGUGACCAUGUGUACACUUGCAGCGUUGGGAAUCUUACUUGCAGUGUGUCUUUUUGCUUUUAAUGUGUACUUCCGGAACAACAAAAUCGUUAAGCUCUCCUCGCCAAAUAUAAACAACGUGCUGCUGUUGGGCUGUGUUCUCUGUUAUUCCACCGUGUUUAUAAAAACAACUGAAACUACAACUGGUAUUUUGUGUAAGAGUCGAGUGAUUGGCUUCUGCAUCGGCUUCACUACAACCUUUGGAGCUCUUUUCACUAAAACGUGGAGGGUCUAUCGAAUAUUUACCAACAAGAGACUUCUGAAACGGACUAUCAAAGACUACCAACUGUUAGCGGUGAUUGCGGGCCUCGUUAUGUUUGUCAUGUGUAUCGUUGUCGCCUGGGAAAUUGUUGGACCACAUGUCAUGGUCGUGAAAUAUCUAGAAAAUAAGAUCUUUAAAUUGGGACACGAUGAAGAGGUAUAUCCUUUUGUCCGGAUGUGUAUAUCCGAGUAUUCUAUCUACUUUUCUUGGAUCGUCUAUGUAGUCGAGGGGGCACUUCUAUCCUUCGGUGCAUUUUUAGCAUGGGAAACAAGACAUGUUAAAAUCCAAGCGUUGAAUGACUCGCACCAGAUUGGACUAUGUCUGUACAAUGUUGUUAUUUUGAGCGCCGUUGGACUCACCCUGUCCCUCCUUCUAGACGACAACGUCGUCAUGCUUUAUGGCAUUAACUCUGGCUGCAUCCUCAUUGGUACAACAGUAACGCAAAUGGUCGUGUUUAUUCCAAAGAUUCAUGCUGUAUAUGCGAGGAUUGAUGUAACCUCUGACCCCGUUGGUGGUCCUGGUCAGUCAGGAACUGACCGCUGUGGGGCCAGUAACAAGGGAACGGGGACCACUGCAUCAAGAAGUACAACACAGCCCGAUUAA